CUCCCUCGGUUGCUUUCUGUCGCCCUGGCUCUCUCUUCACGAAUCCAGUUGCUCGGGUGUACGGGCGGUCUGGCAGGAGGCAGGCCGGGGCGGCCGGCCACAGUCGCACGACCUCGCCCUUCGUCGUUGUCGGGCUUCUUGCCUCGUUCUCGGUCCGUUUUCGGAGCUUGCCGCGAGUGGAGCGUUCUUCCGCCGUUGCCACAGGCACCGGCCAAGGCGGUUGCCCAGCGCAAAGCGACUGCUGCCCAAGCAUUCGAGCGGCCGUUUGCGAGGCGUGAGAGGGAAGCCCUUGUGUGCGUUCCUUCUGUGAGCGAGAAAGCGGGCCGCCGCCGCCGCCCGACCAGGCAGUUGGCCGCGCGCUCUUCAAGGAGCGCAGGGUAAGAGAAUAGUAUAUUAGAAUACUGAAUGUUAUACAUGGAAUAUUGGAUUGUUUGGCUGACAUGCACUGCUUCCACCUCAAAAGAGAAGAUUAGAAGAUGAAUAAUCUUUCAUUUAGUGAACUCUGCUGCCUAUUCUGCUGUCCACCAUGUCCAGGCAAAAUUGCUUCCAAACUGGCAUUUUUACCCCCAGAUCCCACAUAUACAUUGAUGUGUGAUGAAAGUGGGAGUCGCUGGACUCUACAUCUUUCUGAUCGUGCAGACUGGCAAUACUCUUCUAGAGAAAAAGAUGCCAUUGAAUGUUUCAUGACUAGAACCAGCAAAGGUAACAGGAUUGCCUGUAUGUUCGUGCGUUGUUCUCCUAACGCCAAGUAUACCUUGCUUUUCUCACAUGGAAAUGCUGUUGACUUAGGUCAGAUGAGCAGCUUUUACAUAGGACUUGGUUCACGGAUUAAUUGCAACAUAUUUUCAUAUGAUUAUUCUGGAUAUGGAGCAAGUUCUGGAAAACCAACAGAGAAGAAUCUGUAUGCUGACAUCGAUGCUGCUUGGGUAGCUCUUAGGACAAGGUACGGAAUCCGCCCUGAAAAUGUGAUUAUAUAUGGCCAAAGUAUAGGAACAGUGCCAUCUGUGGAUCUUGCUGCUCGUUAUGAAAGUGCUGCUGUAAUUCUUCAUUCUCCUCUAACCUCAGGGAUGCGUGUAGCUUUUCCUGAUACUAAGAAGACCUACUGUUUUGAUGCAUUCCCGAACAUUGACAAAAUCUCUAAAAUAACAUCUCCAGUGUUAAUAAUUCAUGGGACUGAAGAUGAAGUGAUUGACUUUUCACAUGGCCUAGCAUUAUUUGAACGCUGCCAAAGACCUGUGGAACCACUGUGGGUAGAAGGAGCGGGACACAAUGAUGUUGAGCUUUAUGGACAAUAUCUUGAACGAUUAAAACAAUUUGUUUCACAGGAACUGGUGAAUUUGUAAAUGGCUUUAUACAGUUUUUGCUGUCAAUUUUUUUGUGUGAACUGCACAAUUUAGUAACCACAACAUAAAACCUGAUAGUUUUGUUUUCAAAUCAGGUGAGUUGCCUUCAUAAAUGUACAGGUAAUGAUUUGUAAACAUAAUUAAUGAAGGUUUUAAAACCCAGUGUUAACUGGAACAAUGAAUGAUAGAGACAAGCUUGUGUGGUUUGUAUAUUUUGUGCAAGUUUUCUUAGACUAUACGUAAGUCAAUUUGCAAGUCUUUCUUAAGAUGUACAAAAAUCAUAGGGAGGAAAGCGAAAUUUUAAUUAUGUAAAAUCAUAUGCUGUAAAAGUGUUGCCAAAUGCUUUAGCAUAUCAAACAAGUUUAUAUACAAUAUUUUUAAAACAUCUCAAAGUGUACUGUGACUUACUGUGUUGCACAGGUGUUAUUGAAGCAUUUGUAAAGUACAGAUAGCCAUUGCAUUUGGAAGAAUAAGAAAGGAUAUGAAAACACCCACUGGAUUUUACAGGCCCUAUUAUAUAGGGAACAAGUCAAAACAGAUGUUUUAUUAAUUUUUCAUGUCUUAUACUCAAUGUUGCCUCUCUUUUCCUGGAUGAUCAAUAGCCAAAAAUGCCUAUUUGGCCACUCAUGUUGCUCUGUAAAAAUAGGCACAAAAUGCUGAUUCAUCUUAAAAUUCCUAUUAACAGAGUCCAUACUAAUGCAACUAAAUUUUGAAGUCAGUAAGACUUGUAAAGAUGUUUGGCCAUUUUGAACUGAUCAUGUGAAGAAUCAGAACUUCACUAAUAAUUCUUAAUGUGAUCUGAGAUUUGUAUUGGCAGACAUGCAAAGCUGAAGUCAUUUCAGGUUUGAUUUGAAUGUUUAUAAGUGUAAGACUAACAGUUUCAGUUAUUAUGAAAUUUCUACUAAUGUACUCCUAUAUAGUGAAAAGAAU